AUGCUCUCUCUCUACAGAACUCUAAUCAGAUCUAAAUUAGACUAUGGCGCGAUAGCAUAUUCAUCGGCUACUGAGUCUUCCCUUAAAAUUUUAGAUUCAAUACACAAUACUGCACUCCGCAUUGUCUUGGGAGCUUACAGAACCACACCAAUAGAAAGCCUGUAUUGUGAAGCAGCUGAACCAUCACUAUAUCACAGAAGAAUGUACUUAAAGUUAACCUAUGCAAUUAAAUUAAAUGCAAAUCCUAACAACCACACCUUCAAAUAUGAUCACCUUAACCGAUUAUCAACAUUUUUCUCCAAUAAACCACGUCUACAUAAACCUUUCCACCACCGAAUCAAAAUGGAUCUGUCAUCUCUGAACAUCACCUUACCUCCUUGCUUUCCCGUUAGUUUUGAACCUGCUGCACCAUGGACUUUGGGAGUACCUAAAAUAAUAACUACUCUAACAUCAUUGGACAAGCACACUACUAACCAUAGUAUAAUACAUCAAAAUCUGCAAAACUUAACUCCUAACAUCAUUGGACAAGCACACUACUAA